UCUUCACAACAUGUCAUUCUCAAUGGGGCGUAAAAGAUUUUGACCUAGUUACUUCGCAACUACAGCUUUAUCACUGACGCAGCCAGGUCGUUGGUUUUUGUUGUAUUGAUCUGAUCCUUUCUGAGCUUCACCUUGCCCUUGGCUUGUUUGUUAUCGUUGUCUACUCUUCUAGAAGCAUAGGACGAUUCGCAAAGACAAAAAGAUGACAGUUGGCCAGCACGCUCUCCUGAUCCGCUCUCAAGGAAACUCGGUUGAUGUGAUGCGACUUGAGGCGUCUCUGACAGCGGAGUGCGUUGCGGAGCGUAGCUGCGGACUGCUGUAUCUCUCUGGCAAGCUGGAUAUAAAGGAUACUCUCGCUGCGGGCUGCCGGAAGCGCCUGGUUCGUAUCCUCUAUGAGGGACGCGACUAUGCUGAUCUGCUGCAACAGAUUGACACAGAUUCGGCUAUGAGUUGUAGACUUCGAACGUUGCAAAAAAAACACUCGGGCUCGACGAGCACCUCCACGGGAAUGGAAACUCCGAGAACAAAGAGCCAACCUUCAUCAGCCUUUUCUAUUUUAGCUGAGGAGACCGCUGAUAUACGAUGUACUAGAUGUUCGCUAGAAGAGGACUCACCUGUUGACGAGACGGAUCAGAAACUAGCGACUUCGGAGACGACAACGAAAGAAGCGGCAAAAGCAACAAGCGACGACAGCUGCAUGGUUUUUUGCGGCCCUCCGUUUUCAUCGUUUUCCCUUGGCUACGAGCAGACAACGCGAGUGAGCGAACUUGAGCAGAUUCCCUUUCAUCCUGGAGUGUCGACGGCGACCUGGUUCACCCAAGAAAUUUAUCGUCGGUUACACAACACUGCUGUUGAGUUUGGGGAUGCAGAAGGUAACCACCGGGCCUUUGUUGUGGUCGAUUACAGAGACUUUGUUCUUCUCGUGGAGCAGGAAAUUACGGAGGAUCUUCAAAGGGAUGAUGUUGAUAUUCUUGACGCGGGUCGUACUCCAGGUACUUCGAAUAGAAGUUGCACGACUAGGACUACAUCAUGGCACCGCGACCUCCAUCACACUUCAGCUUGGGAUUCGUUUUUCCGACGUUGGUGCCGCAGCGAUAAACCAUGGAGCUUCAGCGCAAGCAUGGAUCCAUACAUUGCCCAGUGCUCUUUAAAUUUGCUCCAUUUCGUUGGAUGGUGCGUGAGCAACGGCCAUCCCAUUCCAGAGGUCUAUAGGAGAUGCCUUUCGCAUAGUGAUGACCCGUUGGCCCUUCGUAAGCGGAACAUGUGCCGCAAGAAGGGGACACCACCAAAUUCCGCAAACCGAUUGUGUGGAAUGAAGGGAGAACUAGAGGACGAGGUUGUCGAGAGCGUGCAGCAUGAGAGUGAAACGACUUCCACUCGUCUCGAGGGCGCCUUUGCUGAACUGGAGGAUGCCGCAGUAGCUGCUGGCUGCUUUUCCUCGUGGGAUCCGCAGUGGGAGUCACUAAAUCUUGCGGCGGCACAGUUUCGAUCCCAUCUACGACCGCUUGGGGAUCAAAACGCAACGAACGCGAACAGAGUUACUUUAGUGGAUGCUUGUUGUGGUACUGGAACGAUCACAGCGGUAGCUCGUAGAACCCAACGAUUUUCCAGUAUUGUGAGUUGCGAUCGCAGCAAGGAAUUCCUGCAUCGGGCCUGGUGGAACAUACAGUUCGGAGAAGAGGAUCCCAGCCAAGUCGAUGACCAUGUGGGCACCAGACGAGAGACGGGUAUGCAUAUCCAAAAUCAGAGUUUCGUGCAAGUUGAUUGGACUUGUGAGAAAGCGCCGGCAAACGUAGAUGGUGCUCAUGCAAGUUUUGAAGACACUAAAGACCCUUCUGGAGCAGUACCCAAGAUCAAGAGCAACACGACUCCUCCGAGUGAUCCUUCAACGACCAGCGGCACCAGCGAGCAUGAAAAAAUCAAAAAGCGAGUUCAGGCCGACUUCCCGACUUUCUCCAACGCGCAUGUGCAACCUGGUUUGCCCGAUCUUAUUUUACCAUCAAGUAAUGAAGGAGCGGACGAGCAGAUCAUUCGUGAACAACAUGUUCUAGUCAUGGCGAACACACCAUGGGGUCGACGUUUUGGAGGCGAGGGGGAUGCUAGAGGAGUCUUUAGAGGUAUCGUGGAGCGGUUGGGACACACAGCAACUGCUCUCGGUUUCUUCAUUCCGCCGGGCGCCCUAGAACUUGCGGAAUCGCUUCUCGAUGUUCACGUUUGCGUGCCUUUGGGGAAGCCUGCGUUUUUGCUGAUCGGAACUUUGAAAGGGAAAUUGGGGGAGCGGGACGCAGCACAGGUGCCAAAGUAGAUGCGACUACAGUAACGUGUGCAUGCGAUAGAUUGUUCUUGGUAAUACCCACUUCGUUGAUUAUGAGAACCUCAUGCGCACAAUCGCCACGCUCAGAGCGUUCGCAACUCAUUUGCUGCAAAGUGUUCUACCCCCUGUAUCUUGAAAUACUGGUGUAUUCAAAUGCACGGAAAAGGAAAUACUGGAUCUGGAAUUGAAAUGAUACGAAUGUUCAGACG